UACCAUUUCCCAUUUCUUCGCAGCUUCUCCAAAUUCACCUGCUUUUUCAACUCUUACAAAAGGCGAAACCCACCAAAAAUCUCCCCACAUGCUCUCUCUCUCUCUCUUCUCUCAUUCCAUCCUUAUCUGAGCUAGAAAAAAGCUGGAUUGGGUGUCCAGCACCUGAUCAGAAAAGUAAAAGAAAAUUAUAUUGAUUUGUGGGGUUUUGGAGUUUUGGAGUUUUGGAGUUUCCCCUUGAUUAGGGUAUUAUUGAGGUGUGAAGAGAAUUAGGAGGUGGAUUAAUUGGAAUUGUGGUCAAAAUGGGCAUCUUUGAGGAGAUGGGGUUUUGUGAUAAUCUUGAUUUUCUCACUGGUCCUCCUGGAGAGCUGAAGGGCUCCCAGGAGCUCGAACCGGUGGGAGAGGUGGAUGGAGACUACAGCGACGAGGAGAUGGAUGUGGAUGAGCUGGAAAAGCGGAUGUGGAAAGACCGGAUGCUCUUGAAGCGGCUCAAGGAGCAGAAGAAGAGCAAGGAGAGGAUUGACGACACUGCAAAGCAGCGCCAGUCUCAAGAGCAAGCGAGGAGGAAGAAGAUGUCUCGUGCUCAAGAUGGCAUCUUGAAGUAUAUGCUGAAGAUGAUGGAGGUCUGCAAAGCUCAAGGGUUCGUGUAUGGGAUCAUUCCUGAGAAAGGAAAGCCUGUGACGGGAGCGUCUGACAAUCUCCGUGCUUGGUGGAAGGAGAAAGUCAGGUUCGACAGGAAUGGCCCUGCUGCGAUUGCUAAGUAUCAGGCAGAGCAUUCGAUCCCUGGGAAAACUGAGGCUUCGAGUGUGGUGGCAUCAACUCCUCAGACGCUUCAGGAGCUGCAGGACACUACGCUUGGAUCUCUGCUGUCGGCUCUGAUGCAGCACUGUAAUCCGCCCCAGAGGCGAUUCCCACUGGAAAAGGGUGUCCCGCCUCCUUGGUGGCCUUCUGGGACGGAAGAUUGGUGGCCGGAAUUGGGUUUGCCCAAGGAUCAAGGGCCACCUCCGUACAAGAAGCCCCACGAUCUGAAGAAGGCGUGGAAGGUUGGUGUCCUGACUUCCGUGAUCAAACACAUGUUCCCUGAUAUCGCCAAGAUACACAAGCUAGUCCGUCAGUCUAAGUGUUUACAGGAUAAGAUGACGGCCAAGGAGAGUGCGACUUGGCUGUCUAUUAUUAACCAGGAAGAGGCUUUGUCUAGAAAACUCUAUCCUGAUAGCUAUCCACCAUCAUCAUCCGAUGUUGGGAGCGGAUCGUAUUUAGUCAGUGAUACUAGUGACUAUGAUGUGGAUGGAGUAGAAGAUGAUGCGAACGUUGCAGUCGACUGCAAGCCACUGGAUAGGGAUCUGUUCAACUUCGGGGUGUCUGCGACUAAAAAUAACCCUAUGGUGCUACCCCUAGCUCCAAUUAAGGGAGAGAUCAUCGACUUAGAUGUAGAUUAUACCCCGAAAAGGAAACAGGUUUCUGUUGAAGAGCACAAGAGUGAGAGGGUAUAUACAUGUGAGUUUUCUCAAUGCCCCCACAGUGAUAAACUCAUGGGAUUUAAUGACCAAGCAUGGAGGAACAAUCACCAGAACAAUUGCCAGUUCCGAUUCAGUUCUUCCGCACCAAACUAUCAGAUCAACAACGAGAUACAAGCCGUGUGCCGUGCUCCUUCCAGUGAAACCAAGUCUUCCAACCUACCUUGUGUCAAUGUUUCUGACCUUGGGAUUCCUGAAGAUGAUCAGAAAUUGAUUAGUGGGCUAAUGUCAAUGUAUGAUAACAAUCUUCAGGGAAACAAUAGCUUUGAUUCUGAGAAUUUCAACAUUCUCCUGGGGCAGAACCCUCAGCAAUCUGCCGGUCAGCUUCAACAGGGUGGCGACUUUUUCAGACAGGGAGCGUUGUCUCAGGCAGGCACAUUUCAAGAAACCAGUGUGCCGUUGAGCAGUGCUACAUACAUGUCAACAGAAUUCCAGUAUGACCAGUGCAGAUCAUCGUACAAUAGCGACGUAGGGGAGAAUUUUGCUGACUUCAGACUUGACUCACCGUUCAAUUUCACACCCGGUGGUGACUUCUCCGUGGAUCCAUUGCCAAAGCAUGAAGUGCCUCUCUGGUACAUUUGAGACAGGAGUGUUCCCAUCCACCUACUCUGCUAAGAGAUCUGCAGAACUAUCCUCUGUGAGACGUCUAUCCAUCUUCCGCCUCCCUAGUUAGGUUUGCUUAAAUUAGUGAAAUAUAUGCAUAAUUGUAGAUAUUACUCCCGGCUGAACCUGCGUGCUUUUACUAUGUAUUGCAAGUUGCAACUGUAGCUUAUAAUUAGACUGUAUCGUCGGGAGGUGCUUAGCCGGGCUGCACCUCCCACGCUCUUCCUUGUGUUGUGGUUUUGAAAUGCUGCAAGGCAUUACCUGUUGAUCAUAAAUAAUAAUGCUUUCACCUAAA